AUGUCUCGAGUUUGUCGUAAUCCACCAGCAUCAACUACUCGACGACCACCUGCUACAAGACCGACACAACAAUCGAUUCCUUCUACAUCACCAACUAAUCAAACCAUAACUCGUGGUGCUCGAACAUCAAUUCGUGGUCCUCGAACAUCAAUUCGUGGUCGAGCUUUACAUACUCAACGACCACAACAAGAAAGAAAUGAUUAUGAUCCGUAUAAUGAAAAUGAUGGAACAAAACAAGAACAACAUACCGUUCAUGUUGGUGAAGGUUAUCAUAUGUAUACACCAUCGACAACAAAACGUGAACAAAUGAGAAGACAAGCUGAAAAUGAACAACGUCAAUAUGAAGCACAUGUUGAACGAACGCGUCUUCAUGACCUUCACGAAGUACAUCGUUUAGGUGGCGAUGGAUUAGGUCAAGAUGAAGUUCGUCGACGACAAGCAGAAAAAUAUCGACGAGAAAAAUUUGAAAGAUUAGAAAAAAGCCAUCAAAAUCAGUUUGUAAAAAAACAACAAGACGAAAAUGAAAUCGAAGCUAAAAAACAAGCAGCACGUCAACAGUCUAUGCAAAAUGAAAAACAAAAUCGAGUUACUCAACUUCAUUCAAUGAAACCAACAGUGAAUCAAAAUGAUCAAGGAGCUACUGGAUGGACAACUGAAGCUCGUGAAGCUGAUCGACAAGAAACAAUGGAUCGUUUUUUAAAUCGAUUCACUCGUCAAUAUAAUGAUAUGAAUAUAUCUUCGGAUGAAAAUGAAACAAAAAUUCAUAAUGAUAAAUCAAAAUCAGAAAAACUUUCAAUACUUCGUGAAAUGCUUCCUCAAAUUGAUGAUCAAACUCUUGAAAAUUAUUUAGAAAUUUACAAUGAUAAUAUUGAUGCGAUUGUUUCUGACCUUGCUAGCUAA